UCCAUUAUUACUGCCUGCUCUCCCUCUGAGCACUUCUCCUCUGCUCAGCUUCUAUGAAAACUGUGUGUGUGUGUGAACUCCUCUCGUGUGUGUGUUAAGAAGAGUUCUAUGUGUGUGCAUAGGGGUUGUGUGCUUCUCUAAGUGGAGCUGGAGUGCAGCCGUUCAUCAGUGGAGCUGACUGCAGACAGGGGGAUACUCAGAUCUCACUGCACCCCUUUUGAACUCACACACCGGCUGCUUUUUGGACUUUUUUUAAGACUCGCUGGACUUUUCGCACCAGAGUGGGACUCUGCCGCUGCUCUCUUUCUGCCCUCCAGGCACCAUUCCCAUCACUGGAAUUACUAAAGUUUUUUUUGCCACUGCUGUCUGAAAAUUACUUAAAUCUAUUGAUUAUUUCUGAAUAGAUUCUUUUUCUUCACAAUUUUUAUUCAUCCUCUCAUUUCCUGGACUCUCAAAUUCUAAGAUUUACCUCCACUUUUCUGUUCAUUCUCAUUGAAUUUAGACACGUGAGAGCUCGUGUGUGUACAUACAGCACUUUCUAUUCUGAUAGUAUAUAAUCAAGAGGGUUUGUCUCGUAUGGACAUGUUUGUUUUAUUUUGUAUUGCAAUGGAAAGAUUAUUAGGUCAAACAGGAAAAAGCAGUACAGUAACUCUGAAAACCGUCAGUGCUGUUCGAAGCACAUCGAGCUCAAGUGGACACUGAUCUUGACUUGGAAUAUUCUGAACUUUUUUUGGAAUUUGGUGCACCUGGAAACGGAUGGACAGAUAUUGCCCCAGUCAUUGCAAUCGGAUCCAGUUGUCGGGAGGGGGAGAAGAAGCAAAGAUUGAAAGUGAAAAGUGGGGGAAAGCAGACUGUCUGCCUGCUACUGACAGAGUGCCAACUGUGAGGUCUCUAUGCCCAUGUAUGACGUUUUUGUCCCGUCUUGGAGGUGAGAGGUGAACUUGGUCGUCCUUCAUGAGAGGAGCAUCGAAUCUGCCAAGAGAGACUCUUUAGAAACAAGGAGGGCGUUAUAAAGAUUACGCUGAAUAUUAAGAUCUUGAGAGGAAGCCAGGGAGAGAAAAAGCUCUGCUUAAGCAAACACCAAGACAGAGACACUGUUUUGGGCUUAGAGAGCUGAGCUGAUACUGGACCGAAGCCCAAACCAAGGCAGGUGAACUGCAUUUAAUAUACGGACAAAAAAGGAUUUGAUUUUGCUCUAAAUCUGAACCAGACUCUAAUGAAAUAAAAUAAUAAAACGAACAUUGGGCAUUAAUGUUAAGAGGAAUAUAAGCUGAAUACCACGAUAAAGUCACUUCGCAUUCUCAAACUUUGAAAGGAAAGAGUUUGCUCUGAGCGAGCCAAGAUGAUGACCAUGAUGAUGAUGACGGUGGCCAUGAUGGUCACCUGCAGCUCUCUUUUCCUGCUGGGUCUGGCUGCCGCCCAUGCUUCCUCCGGCACCAUAACCCGCACUUCCACUACAUCUUCAUCCUCCUCCUCCUCCUCCUCCCCCUCUUCCUCACCACGCAUGAAGCUAUCAUACAAAGAGUUGCAGCAGUUCCAUGGAGUGCGGAGGUUCGAGCUGGAGCGUUCGUGCUGCUUCAGCGCUCUGCUGUUGGAUGAAGAACGAGGCCGCCUCUUCGUUGGGGCCAAGAACUUCCUGCUGUCACUGUCACUAGACAACAUCGCCAAGCAGGAACACAAGAUCUACUGGCCCGCUCCCGUCGACUGGAGGGAGGAGUGUAACUGGGCUGGCAAGGAUAUCACUUCCGACUGUGUGAACUAUGUGAAGAUUGUGCACCACUUUAACCGCACCCACCUGUACGCCUGUGGCACCGGGGCCUUCCACCCCACCUGCGCCUUCGUGGAGGUGGGACACAGGAUGGAGGACCACGUGUUCAGGAUUGACCCCUCCAAGGUGGAGGACGGUAAAGGGAAGAGUCCGUAUGACCCUCGCCACAAUGCUGCAUCCGUUCUCGUCGGUGAUGAGCUAUAUGCAGGCGUGGCCACAGACUUAAUGGGACGGGACUUCACCAUCUUCAGAAGCCUGGGGAAACGCCCCUCCAUCCGCACUGAGCAGCAUGACUCACGCUGGCUCAAUGAACCAAAGUUUAUUGGUUCCUUUUGGGUCCCAGAAAGUGAAAACCCUGAUGAUGACAAGGUAUUUUUCUUCUUCCGCGAGACGGCGGUUGAGGCCCAGGGGUUGGGAAAGUCCACCUACUCCCGCAUCGGACAGCUCUGCAGGAAUGACAUGGGCGGUCAGCGAAGUCUGGUGAACAAGUGGACGACAUUCCUCAAGACCCGUCUGAUCUGCUCGGUGCCAGGAGCCGACGGCAGCGACACAUACUUUGAUGAGCUGCGCGACGUCUUCCUGCUGCAGACAAGGGACAGAAAGAACCCUCUGGUCUACACAGUCUUCUCUACUUCCAGCAGUGUAUUUAAAGGCUCAGCUGUGUGUCUCUACUCCAUGAAUGACAUCCGGAGGGCCUUCCUGGGGCCCUUCGCUCACAAAGAGGGGCCCAACUACCAGUGGGUCCCCUUCCAGGGAAAAGUCCCCUAUCCACGCCCAGGAAUGUGUCCCAGCAAGACAUUCGGCAGUUUUGAGUCCACAAAGGGUUUCCCAGAUGAUGUGAUCCAGUUUGCGCGUCAUCACCCUCUGAUGUACAAUCCGGUCUACCCAAUGAGCAGACGGCCCGUCUUCAUCAGAACUAAUGUGGACUACAGCUUCACACAGAUUGCUGUGGACAGAGUCAACGCUGCCGAUGGACAAUAUGAUGUCAUGUUUAUUGGCACAGACAAAGGGACAGUACUAAAGGUAAUCAAUGUCCCCAAGGAGAGCUGGAACAACAUGGAAGAGCUCCUACUGGAAGAGCUGGAGGUCUUCAAAGAUGCCUCAUCUAUCAUCGACAUGCAGAUCUCCUCAAAACGGCAACAGUUGUAUCUGGGCUCAGACACGGGCAUUGCCCAGGUUCCCCUUCACCGCUGCAGUGUGUACGGGAAGGCCUGCGCUGAGUGCUGCCUGGCCAGAGACCCGUACUGUGCCUGGGAUGGAACAUCCUGUACUCGCUACCUGCCGAACACCAAGAGACGUUUCCGUCGCCAGGAUGUAAGGAACGGAGACCCCAACACCCUGUGCUCUGGAGACCACCAUAAGCACCGUGUUGCAGAGAGGAAGCUGUAUGGAGUUGAGGGAAGCAGCACUUUCCUGGAGUGUAUCCCAAAAUCCCUUCAGGCCAGAGUCACCUGGACCUUCCAGAAACAUCCACAGAACCCACGUGAAGAGGUGCGUCUAGAUGACCGCAUUCUCCAGACAGACAGAGGCCUUCUGAUUCGCCGUGUCCUGAAGAGAGAUGUCGGCGUCUACCAGUGUCAUGGCAUGGAACACGGCUUCACCCAAACCUUAUUAGGCAUCACUUUGGAAGUUGUACCUUCAACAUCCUCCUCAGUCUCCAAUCUACCCUCCGAUGCCCCUGUCCGAUUAGACCCCCGCAGUGGAGGUGGGCCCCCACUGACCAAUCAAAAGCUUUGGUAUCGGGACUUCAUGCAGCUGGUGGACCACCCUAACCUGAGCACUGUUGACCAGAUUUGUGAGCAAGUUUGGGCACGAAAGAACGCCGGCAGUGACCAAGGGGAUAAGACCUUUCCUGCUCAGGGGAAGGACGCUCCUCCUCCGGGCCCCGCUGUCCGCCCAGCUAACAAGAAGUGGAAGCAUCUUCAGGAGAUAAGGAAGGGGAGAAACCGCCGGACCCACGACGGGAAGCCGAAUCCUCGGGCGCCUCGCAGUGCAGGGGAGUAACAAUGUCGAGAAAGACACGGAGGGUGAAAAGAAUGACUAAUACAAGAAAGGAAGGAGGAAAAUGAUAGAAAGAGAUUGAGAGACCAAGAACUCACGGAGGUGUUGACAAAUACAGACACAACCACGUACAUAAAAACACAUGCAGACACACACACAGCACCUCCUCUAUUGUGUAUAUUUAUCCAUGGAUGCCCCCACUAUACGGUACCCCAAUCUCUGAGUCCUCGUCCCACUGGCCAGCCCCUGCAUGUGCUGCCUUACAGCCCAAAUUGAUUCUGCACGAUCCCUUUACACUGUUCCACUAGCGUAGUCGAGGUUACAUGCAGAUACACGGGAGUGAACCCACCUUUACCUGUGGGCAAAAAACUUACACUCCCCUGUCAUUCCUGUUGCCACUGACUGUAUAUUGAAGGUGGGUUGACAACAAAGAAAUCACACAUCUUUUGUUGCCUACUUUAUGCCAACAACACAAUGUUAUAUGUGGAUAGUAGCUCUAAACUCUGGACUGCACCACUCAGAACAAAAACAGUCCCCAAAGUUUUGGAUGACCUCUGCUCACGGCUUUUCUUACCUGAAGAUUUCACAACAACAACGUAGAAAAAUGGUGGACGUCAGCGCUGCGCAUAAUGGGAGGGAGAGGAGAAACUGGAAUUAACUGGAAAGUAAUGGUCUCCAACUGGAAACACAUUUGAAUGCAAUCAUUUAUGAGCAAAUGCAAAAGCAUUCAGACAAAUAAACACUUGAACAAAUUGUUACUACACAAACAUAUAAAUUGAUCAACUUUUCCAGUAACCUCACGUUUCACACGUUUGUGCGCAUAAUGCAGUCAGAAGAGGUAGAGAUGUCAGCAGUGUGGGGCAGCCUGUGGAACAGAUCAGCAUGUUGCGAAACUGGUUAUAUUAUAUAGUAGUUUUUUUAUGGUUUCCUUUGGCACAUUGAGGCAUGUUGCAGCAAAAGAAAUCCCACAAUACAAUGCAGUCAUGGUCAGAGAGCAGUCGAAUCUGGCAAGAUAUAAUUAUAUUGCUUUACUGGUCCAAACCACUAGCGAGUGAGGGGUGGAAAAACUACUGGCAUUCCACGAUGUGAGAGAAAGAUGAGAUGUGUACAGGAAACAGACAAAGCUGAAGCACGAAUGAAUUCAAUCUGUAAAAGCAAAUAAAAGCCCAAACAAUACCUGGAUUACAUCUAUACACCUUGUCACAUCUUUCACAUAUACAAGAGUGUUGACAUGAUCAACACCUCACUCUAAAAUUAGCUAUUGAUUGGUUUUGUUUUUGGCUGCGUUUAAUGUUUUGUACAUUAAUUAACAAACAGGAUACAUCAUGAGCAUGGUGGUUUGGGGGGGAAACAUUGAUACAAUGAGGAGAUAGAGGGAAGUGGACUCUAGUAUGAUGACCCAUGUUUCUGGGCUACAGUACAGUAAAUAUAUAUAAAUAUAUUAGCAUGAUAUUUAUGAGUGAAACUAUGAUUUUGUUUUGUAUUCUAAGCGGUACUCCUUGCUCUUUUACACUGUUCUUGCAUAUAAUGUUUGUGAAAAAUAGAUAUAUGCAAAUGAUAUGAGAUGAGCCACCCGCAAACUCCUCAUUCGACACCGCAAAAUGCACAGAAAGCUGUUCUGCGCUACCCACAAUGCAUUUCACUGUCCAUCAAAAACAAAACUUUCAUCUGAUUUCAUACACUGUUGGAACCACUUCUCAACAUAGUGUUACAGUCAUUGAUAUUGCCUUUUGCUGCUUAAUGAUGUCAUCUCUUCCUUAUGGACAAUUAGUACGAUGAGGUCUUCCUUCUCUCGGUCUUUAGUCCAAUCUCUCUCUGUGUAUUAUCUGUAAAGAAAGCUGUUUGUUGCUCAUCUGUUGUGUAACAUGUUGUGUGUAGCCUGCCUCCUUAGUGUUCAUUGUGUGUACAGGCUCGGAUGAGGAGCCUACCUAUGGUACCAUACUUUAUUAUAUCAUAGUCUAUCCACAUGAAAGAAAACAACUGACCAUGUUAGAUAAAACAUGAAUUUGUGUUUUGCAUUCAUGACACAAGAUGAUUUUUAUGAAGAAUUUAUGGUCUAAUUUGUGUUUUUGCCUCAAAUUCCUCAGAAGUAUCGUGGUUUAAAGUUUCCAGUAUACUCUAAUUGGCUAAACUUGGCUGUGUUCAUUAAUUCACACAGUCCCUGACAACAGCAGGCAUCACAAACUAGGUCUGUGAGUGGAUUUUAGAUGUAUGGAAUCAUUGUCGUUGUUAUUUAUGUACCUUUUUUAUAGAGAUGUAAUUAACUCUUUAAACUGAACUGAACUAAACUGACUGACUCCUGUAAAAGGGAAACUCUGCACUUUGACACCACAUCAAGGAUUUACUGCAAAAUGAUGACAUGAAAAAAAAAUAGAGUUUAAAUGUAGGAAGAUGCUGCCUCUCGGCAUUCAAACCACAGAACUAAUUAAGGUUAUACUACUAAUUCACUGAAAUUAGAUUAUUAGUUGUGUACUUCCUUUUCUUUGAUGAGAGAUUAUUUACAAUGGUUGUGAUGUCAAAUCUGCUUGAGUCUCUCUUUUAAGCCAGCUGUUUUGUGCUCUUUUGAAAUUGCAUGACCAAUGUUAGUGGCCAACGCGUUUGACAAUGGUGCGGUGGCAAGAAAGAGCGAGAGAAAGAAAGCACAAUGUUGAAUAUUAUUAUCAUUCCUUUGUAUUUAUGUGCAAAGAUAAGCUGAUAUGUUGUGGUGGAUUUUUAUUUUUCCUAUAGAUUUACAUGUGUUGUUUGUGUCUGCUGAAAAGGACUCAUCCUCAACAUUUUUUGGGACAUUACGGCCAAUGGUGAAAAAAAAAAAAAUCCUGAACAGUGUCCAAUUAAAGUCUUUGUUGUUCACACAGCCCCUUUACUCAACACAGUUGUAUCCCAUGUCAUGUGACGCACCCCUGUACGAUAGCUCACAAGGAGAGGCGUGUGUGCGUGUGUGUGUGUGUGUGUGUGUGUGUGUGUGUGUGUGUGUGUGUGUGUGUGAGUGUGUGUGUGUGAGCAAGAGAGAAAAGUGUGCGAGCGGUUUUUAUGUGUGUGAGUUUUGGGGGAAAGCAGAGCUCUGUACAUAAUGGCAAAGGGAACAGUGGUGUGUGUAUGUGUGUAGAGAGGUCAGAUUGUUUUUGAUUAACACAAUAAAAAUAUGCAGUUACUUAAAAA